AUGAUUACUUUCCUAUUCCAGGGAGGGGAUCUCUUUGAACAUCUUUGCGUCGUGCGGCGACUAUCUGAACGACAAUCCGCUCGUCUCACAAAAUGUCUUGUCCAGGCUCUAUCUUAUCUCCAUGAUAAUUCUAUUGUUCAUCGUGAUGUGAAGCCAGAAAAUCUAUUGCUCUACACCGCCCCACAUGGAGAGUUUGAGCUGAAACUAGCCGACUUUGGUUUGGCUACCGAAUUGCCUGAAGAUGGCAGCAAGCUGUCGACCAUCUGCGGUACACCCACCUAUGUGGCAUCAGAAGUCAUACUUGAGACUGGGUUAUUUUGUUUUUUGUCAUGGCUAGCUUACCAUGUCAACAAAUAUUUCAGCUACGAUGAAAAAGUUGAUGUGUGGGCCACCGGUGUGAUACUUUAUGUUAUGUUGUGUGGAUUUCCUCCAUUCCAGAGGUAAGU